AAAAUAAAAUAAUAUAUAUAAUUUAAGUUCCUCGCAUAUCCCUAUGUUCUUCCCAAUCUCUCUAUUUAUAUGAAACUAAUCCAAACCAAAACCCCUUAAUACAACUGCAUUAAUGGCUAUUUCUGAUAGAAGAAUCAAACGAGUUACUGACCCGCUCGACGACCGAGUCAAGGCUCGACUCGUCGGCUUCAGUUUCGAAAGCAGCGGAAGCGAACACUCCGCCGCCGCCGUUGAAGACGAUUCUCCUUGCCUCUCGGAGCUCGUUCACGGUUUUCUGGAAAACGACCACGAUGCUGUAGAACAAACGGGUUACAACUUAGACUCCGACCGAGUCGACUCAAGCCUCGACAUUACCUAUUCGUUCCAGAUCAUCAUCAAGUCAACCUCUCUUAGCAACACGGAUCCUUACAGGAAUCUGCUUAUGGCUCACGUUUUGAGAGCAAUGGAAAUGCUUUCCUUUUUCAAAACGGAUAAAGCUACUUUCAGGCGUAAUGUAAUGGCUUAUCUCCGCCAGGUAGGCCAAAAUGCGGCGAUAUGCAAGACCAAAUGGGGCUCAUCGGGAGGCCUAACCGCCGGAAACUACGAGUUCAUCGACGUGGUGCAAUCGACAACAGCUACGUCGCAAAACCGGUACUUCAUCGAUCUCGAUUUCGCCUCCGAGUUCGAGAUCGCAAGGCCGACAAGUGAGUACUCGAGUUUAUUACAACAUUUACCUAGGGUUUUCGUGGGAAAAGACGAGGAAAUGAAAAGGAUCGUCAAGGUGAUGAGUGACUCGGUAAAAAAAUCGUUAAAGAUCAAAGAACUAACUCUCCCUCCUUGGAGAAAAAACCGUUACAUGCAGAACAAAUGGUUCGGUCCGUACAAUCGCACGACGAACCAAAUCCCGACGGCGAAGCCCAGCACAUUAACGAUCCAUCCUGCCAACAUCGUCCAAUGCCGUUACGUGGGGUUCGACGACGGCCGUGAACGCCGUGUUUACCACGUAAUCUGAAAAUUCAACAGAAGAGAUCCUGACCGUCAACUUUUUAUAGAGAUAAGCGUCACCUGAUAAUUUCAACACGUGUUGGAGUGAGUUGGCAUUUGUAAAUUUGGACGCGACGCAGCGGAGGGUGUUGUCUU